UUAUGAGUUAUCUUCCCUCAAUUUUAUAUAAUUUACAUAUAUCUAAAUUUAAACAAAAUCACUAAUCUUCAAAUAAUCUUAGAUUAUUUACAUAAAUUUUAUUUAUAUAAUCUUUUCUAAUCUUUUUCUAAUAUUCUCAUCAUAUAUCAAAUUAGUUGAUUAAUAAAUUUUUUAUUUUAAUUCAGAACAGUCCAUUUAUAAUACUAACAAGAAAUAAUGGCAUUUUUAAUACACAAGACAUCAAAGAUAAUUUUUCUGAGAAAACAAAUCUAUCAAUGCACCAAUAUUCAAAUUCUCAAGAUAUUAAAAACAAUUCUUUCGAAAAAAUAAAUCUGCCAGUGGAUCAACAGCCACAAGAAAUUAAAAACAAUUCUUUCAAGAUAACAAAUCUGUCAAUGGACCAACGUUCAUCGACAAAGAAGAGGGGAGGAACAAAUUCCUCGGAGAUAAAUAACACGAAGCAAAUGAAAUUAUGUCCAUCCUAUCACAACGAAUUCAGCUAUUGUUGCUCUUCAAGAAAACAAGAUUUAUUCAAGUCUUCUUCGAACACUCGACAAAUGGUGGAAAAAUCUAGCAGCCCUGUGAAAAUUCAAGAUUUAUUUAAAUGCAACUGCAUUGUAGAUGAAUAUUUGACUAAAGAAAAAAUAGAGGAGUAUUGUUUGUCAGGCAUAGAAACGAUGAGGACCUCUACGCCUAAUAAAAGUAUUGACAAAGAGAAAAUGAUAAAGAAUAUAGAGGAUUUAAAUAAUUCCAAAAAUACGAAUUAUCAUUCAUGUUUGAACGAUUCCAUUGAUUUUAAUCGAAGUCAAAAGAUAGAUUUUACAGCGAGUAACGCAUUUCCUUUGAUAGAAAAAUUGUUGCAAAAUAAUCCUAAUAUGUUGAUGAAUAUUAAAAAUGAGGCUCAAAAAUUGGAAAAUGUUUAUAUGUUAAACAAGUCAAUGCAGGAAGUUUUCUAUACAGCACAGAAUACCGUGUCAAAUAGCAUGCAAAAUUUAUCAGAUAUUGUUAAAGAUUUAACUGUGACGAACAAUGUUGUAACAAAUAUUGAAAAUUUAAAAACAGUUGAACCUGAAGAAAAAAAGACGAAAUUGAAGACUGAAAAAGAAAUACUAAAAACUAUGGUUUCUUUGUCUGUUGUGGACAAUGAAAUGAAUGUAAGUUCUAUUCAGAAGAAUAAUUUGAGCAGUAGCAAAUUGAAUAUCGUGAAAAAUACAUUGAGUAUAAAUAUGCCUAAUAAAAUAAAUGUGCCAGAAUAUUCAUUCGGAGAUGCGAAAAUUCAAAAGUUCUUCCAGGAUUCUAUGAAAGUUUUUGAUGGUUGUUAUGAAAAGGAUUUUGCCAAUAAUUCAGAAUUACAAUGUUUGCUUCAACAAUUAGAUAAGAAGUGGAAUAUGUAUCCUGAUCAAUCUGAUCAGGAGGUAUUAAUAUCAUCAUUAAUACCUUUAAAUCAAAAAGAUCAAGUUAAUCAUUCAAUACAAAUACAAGACUCAAAAAUUGCUUCUGUUAGUAAUUUCGAUAGGAUAAAGAGGUACGCAAGAAUUCAGAAGUUUUCAUUAUUAAUAUAA